GUUUACUGAGGGGUAAAUAGCUGUAACUAAUUUUGGUCACAGAUAAUGACAAGUUGGGUUUAAUCCAACUUCACUGUGAGAGAGUUGUAAUAUAUUGUAACUAUGUAGAUGUCUGUAGUGUGAAUGGUGGUGAUAAAAGGCUGAAGAUGUAUGGACCUUGAAGAUUACAGUGCUCCAAAAUAUGUAUCAGCCAUUGGAAGAGAACACACAUUCUGGCUCUCUGAACCAUGUAAACAAGUAGACUUGGAAUUAUGUAGACAUCUGUUCUAAUUUGCAGGAUCCUCAGCACACAGACACUUCAAUUAAAAGAUUAAGCAAGGAAGAUUAAACAUUUAAACACAGCCUCUUGAUGGAUCAGAACAUGUAUAUGGACUCUUGGAUUAGAGGAUUGAAAUAGAGGAUUGAUACUAGUUUAGAGGAUUAGAACAAGGCCCAACACAUGAACAGAUAAGAUUUAAAAUAGAGGAUAACUUGCAUGUUUAAAACCUUAGAAUCUAUGUUUAAAACCGAAGCAUUUUCUUUUGUGUAAGGCAACUCAGAUUAGAGGAUGAAAACUGGGAUUGACUAUUGAAACUACUCGCAAAACACGGAUCUCAAAUCAACACAUGCAAAUCAAGUUUCUUAGAGGCUGAGGACAGAGAACACUAUGUACCAGGGUAAACUAAGUUAUUAGAAGACACGGACAAAGACAAAUUAAAAGAGUAAGGCCAAACUAAGAGUAUUGCAGGAUAGGGACAAACUAAACUGAGAACAGGGCGAACUGAGUGUAUUAGAGGACAAGGGCAAAGAACAAUUGGAACAGGUCAAAUUACCAUUGGUAUGCAAGGACAGGGAUAAUGACUGAUGAAACUGUUGCAUCUUCAGUCCAUUGAUAUGGUAACCAAGUGUUCGAGCACUAUGGCAACUGAUCACAUGGUACACCUGAGGCAGCACAGGGGACACAGAAAUGCUUAUGCAAACCAUCGCAAGAGUGCCGUGGAGCUACUGGAGGCCUCCAAGGGUUCGUACGUGAAAAGUCGCGAGGUUCUUGACCAUCGACAGGAACUCAAGCAUCCCGAAAACCUCUCCAUCGGAAACAGAGAAAUCCCCUCUGUGCUGUUAUCAGGAGGGAAGACUUCUCCACUGAAGGAUAUCACCUCUCGGGCCCAGAUUGCUGAAGAUUUAAAGAACCAAUCCCCACCCAGUAGCCAGCGCGACAGGCUCCUGAGUGACCCAGAUUCCUCUUCCUCAUCGGCAUCAGAUGGACAGUCACCGUCUGGUGUACGAAAGUCUUCUGCAACAUCUUCCCAGACUAGCAGCUUCCAAACGGCCAACUCACACCAGACAGCUGUCACUGACUCCCAAGUGAAAUCUGAGCCUGUCAGAAGUAGCCGGACUCCUCCACCCAAACCUCCCCACAGAUUGACUGUCCCCGGCGAGGAUAAACCUGUACCCCCACCCAAACCCAGCCCCCCAAAACCAGCAGUGCCUCCGCGACCGGGGUCAACUGUGAAGCAGACAAUCGCGCCCAAACCUGGGCCCAAACCUGUGAUACCAUUAGCUUCCGGGAAGCCAGUACCUCCAUCUCGACCUGAGAGACCCACGCAUUCCUGUGUGCCUUUAGAGACUGAAAUUCAAGAUUCCGCCAUGUCUAGCAGUGCUAGAAAGCAGUCCCAGUCAUCAGCAGGCAAACCAGCCCUAUGUGAUGGUGCCACAAACAGUAAGCCAGUCAGCAGCUCGGAGACUCGCAGACAUUCCUCGGUGUCCACCAGUGCCGCAGGUGGGGUGACCUCGGCAGAUUCCGACACCAGUGGCCCGACAUACGGGCGUGACCCUCGACACAGCCUCAGCUCCCAGCACGAAGCAUUCCUAAAACCACUGUGUGCUAACAAUCUCAGUAUCUCUGUCGGCGUGCUAGCGGAGAAGAAACGAUCCCCGCUUCCGAAACCAAGGGUCCAGAAACAGUUGAAUGAAAUCGAGCUUCCACCCCGGAGAAAACUACACAGGUCACAAUCUGAUCUCAGCAGCUGUAGACAUUCCAGGACCAGCUCUGACUUCUCAGAUCUGAGUUCAAGGCUGUCAAGGACUAGUACAGAGGUGGAAAGGUUCUUUAAUGAAAUGGGAAUAGUCAGAUCAGUGUUGGAGCCCAUGAGGAGGUUGUCCGAAACAAGAACGAAAGAUUGUCAGGAGGAUCUGAGCUCGGUAGAUUCGCUUGAAGGGAACAGUUUGUCCAGUCAGACGUCGAACGAUCGAUUCCCUCUGGAGAGCGAGCAGGAUUUAAGCGAGAGAGACGUAGGUCCCAUGUCUGUUGUGGAGCGUAAUGCGAGGAUUAUUAAGUGGUUAUGCAAUGUGAAGAAGGCAAAAACCUCCCAAACAAGACCAGCAAAAACAGAGUCAUCUGCAAAGAAUGUUCAAUCAGAGGGUGGUACAAAAUGAGUGCAGCUAGUGGUUCUUUUGUUACCUAUGCAACUCUGCUUAGUUAAAUGCUCUUGUCAGCUUUGAAGAUAAAAAUCAAAGUGGAAUGAGACCGUUAUGAUAGCAUGUUUAUGCUCGGAAUGUACUGCAAUAUUUGAUGUGCUGUAAACAUAUGUAUGUGGGAUAAAUAUAUGAUGUUUCAGUUAAGAAGUGAUAUAAACCCGAAGUAAUCCGCUUUAUAUCUUACUAUUUUAUUUAUUUUAUUCAUUUAUCAAUAUUUUAAGAUUAUGUUAAUGCAUUUAAAUUUUAGAUUAUAACAUGAUGUUUAAUUCUAUAAUGAUAAGAAUAAUUAUCAUAAUAAUAAUAAUUUGCUGAGGUGUGAGGAAACAGUGUCCACCUUGUGACAUGGAGCACCUAGAUAAGAUCUCAAGUUUGGGAAUGUUAUCAGAACCUUUCCAAAGACACUAAGUACUGGUUCUCUCCAGGAAACGUACUCAAGAGUGUUUCUAUAAGCAUAAAGCUUUUGUUACAAUUGAGCUAAAAUAAAAAGGUCUACAUGUGCAAUACUCACACAAACAUUCAAUUUUUUGUUAGAGGAAAAUCAUGUCUACUUGUUAGCUUAAGUGUAUUGUUUAUUGAGGGCUUCAUCAUUUGUCAACAAUUACCACGUGAACAUUUUAGGGGCAACAUUCAUUGCACAAUCUUUGCCUAAGUUCUCCUUACAUGGCUGAAGUGAAACUUUGUGAACACAUGAAGACAGAUUUUUUGUUCAAUGCUCGUUAUGCUUGUUCGAAACAGUCAUUUUAAUGGUUAUCUUGACCAAGUUUUAAAAUGGUUAACGACAUGGCUGCCAGGAGAUUGGGCACUUUUCAUUGUAUGACAUGCUUGAACCUUGUACAAACUAUAGAGGUAGUUUGUUUGCCUAAUCAUUAUGAAACUUAUUAAGAACAUGUGUUCUUGUGAUAGCUGAUCCAUGUUCAAAAAUGGUUCUGGUGUGUUAAAAAACAUGGCUGCCAGGGAGCAGUUUUCAUCAUAUGGCUUAAGUAACAUCUUGUGAACACUCUUGAAGUCACAUUUUUGCCUGAUCAUAAUGAACUUGCUUAAAACGUUUCUAACUAUGAUGUGUCUGGUAAGAAAAUGGUUUGGCUUCAUUUAAAAAAAGCGUCCUGAGAUGAGGUGGCAGUUUCCUCGUACUUGGCUAUAGUUAGAUAUUAUCAGCUCGGAACAGUUUACUUAAGUCUCAGGUGGGUGCCUUUGGGCCAUUGGCUCUCUAGUUUUAAGAAGUUAAAGAGGUAAUUUGUAUUCAUGCUGUUACAAAACAUGUUUUAUUGUCUAUUAAUGUAUACAGAAAUAUAACCAUUAUACAAAAAUACAUAUGCAAUAUAAAUGUUACGUUAUGUUACUUCCUAUUUACUUCAGUUUGUAAGUAUUUACUAGUGUUUUUUUUAAUAAAUAUGUCUUCACUUUUAAUCAGACUUGAGGGAAUUGAAAGUGUGAAAGUUUGUGAUUGAUAGCAUGAAAGGUUGUGAUUGAUAGCAUGAAAGGUUGUGAUUGAUAGCAUGAAAGGUUCUGAUUGAUAGCAUGAUUUGUUGUGAUUGUAUGACUGGUUGUUAUUGAUAGCUUGAUUGGUUGUGAUCAAUUGUAUAGUUGGUUGUGAUUGAUUGUAUGAUUGGUUGUGAUUGAUUGUAUUACUGGUUGUGAUUGAUUGUAUGAUUGCUUGUAUGAUUUGUUGUGAUGCAGAUAUAGAACUUCAUGUUCUUUAUUCAGUAUACAAAAAACAUCAAAAAUGCACAUUGAAAAGGGUAUACUAAGUGACAGAAAUAAAUUGUUUUAUUGAAAAUGUUUGUGUAUAUUCUGAUCAGACACACUUUGUUAACAAAAUAUGUUCAAGCUGUUAUGUUCUCAGAUAUUUUCUUAUUCUAUUUAUUGUUAGCCGGAUUUUUUUCGAAAAAAUCUCGGCUUAUAGAUUGAUGUUGUCGGGGGGGCGGGGUGGCGGCGUGCUCGAAAAUGUUAAAGUUCUUAUUUCAUGGUAUAACUUUGGUAUGCUUGGACCUAGAGUCUUCAAACUUGACAUGAAGGUUGGCCAGGAUUAACAGAUGACCACUGGUCAUUUCAAGGUCAUUCAUUUGAAGGUCAAGGUCACUGUGACCUUCAAUAUAAAAAAUGUUAAAGUUGUUAUAACUUUGGUAUGCUUGGACCUAGAGUCUUGAAACUUGACAUGAAGGUUGGCCAUAACUAGUUAGUAACCACUGGUCAUUUCAAGGUCAUUCAUUUGAAGGUCAAGGUCACUGUGACCUUGAAUGUAAAAAUGUUAAAGUUCUUAUUUCAUGGUAUAACUUUGGUAUGCUUGGACCUAGAGUCUUCAAACUUGACAUGAAGGUUGGCCAGGAUUAACAGAUGACCACUGGUCAUUUCAAGGUCAUUCAUUUGAAGGUGAAGGUCACUGUGACCUUCAAUAUAAAAAUGUUAAAGUUGUUAUAACUUUGGUAUGCUUGGACCUAGAGUCUUGAAACUUGACAUGAAGGUUGGCCAGAACUAGUAAGUAACCACUGGACAUUUCAAGGUCAUUCAUUUGAAGGUCAAGGUCACUGUGACCUUGAAUGUAAAAAUGUUAAAGUUGUUAUAACUUUGGUAUGCUUGGACCUAGAGUCUUGAAACUUGACAUGAAGGUUGGCCAGAACUAGUAAGUAACCACUGGACAUUUCAAGGUCAUUCAUUUGAAGGUCAAGGUCACUGUGACCUUGAAUGUAAAAAUGUUAAAGUUCUUAUUUCAUGUUAUAACUUUGGUAUGCUUGUACCUAGAGUCUUCAAACUUGAAAUAAAGAUUGGCCAGUACUAGAAGAUGACCACUGGUCAUUUCAAUGUCAUUCAUUUGAAGGUCAAGGUCACUGUGACCUUAAAUGUUAAAAUGUUAAAAUUGUUAUAACUUUGGUAUGCUUGGACAUAGAGUCUUCAAACUUGACAUGAAGGUUUGCAAGCACACUUAGAUGACCACUGGUCAUUUCAAGGUCAUUCAUUCUAAGGUCAAGGUCACUGUGACCUUGAAUGUAAAAAUGUUAAAGUUCUUAUAACUUUGGUAGGUAAAAAUGUUAAAGUUCUUAUUCCAUGUUAUAACUUUGGUAUGCUUGUACCUAGAGUCUUCAAACUUGACAUAAAGGUUGGCCAGUACUAGAAGAUCACCACUGCUCAUUUCAAUGUCAUUCAUUUGAAGGUCAAGGUCACUGUGACCUUCAAUGUUAAAAUGUUAAAAUUGUUAUAACUUUGGUAUGCUUGGACCUAGAAUCUCAAACUUGACCUUAAAUGUUAUUGUUGUUCAUGUAUAUGCAUGCAUUCAAAACAUAACACAAGGUUUGCUCAUGCCUUGAAAAGUACUUACAUUUCAUUUUGACCUUUGAACAAUAUUUCAGUAAUUUAAGUAUUGCAUUGACAAAAACACGAAAGGUACUUUCCUGUCAUUUAAAUCAAAAAUCCGGCUUCAAUGCGGUCAUCUCCGACCGCGGAACUCUUGUAUUCAAAUAUAGUUCAUGUGGUCAUUUCGUUGUUCUUAAACUCAUUAUUUUAACAACUUGAAGUGAACCAAAAAAAAAUUGUUCUUCAGCAAAUUGAAGUAUCACCAUAUGCGUAUAUAAGUAAAAUAGCGUACAAUAUGCUUUCACUCAAGAGUGGUGAAAUAUGUUCAUCUCUUUAUCUUUAGUGUUGAAAAAAAAUCAGAAAAUGUGUUUAGUUGGGGGAUAAUCCAAAGCAUAUAAUAACUAAAACAUUUUUUUGUUUGUUAAAUGAUUCAUCCAUACAUCAUGGGUUUCUAUAUAGUUCUGGAGGUAAUUGUUUUUUUGAUCUACUUUUUAAAAUUUAAUUUCAAACAUGCUUUGGUACUUAAGCAUAUGUCACAGUGGACAUAACUGAUUUAAAUUCAUUUUGCGAGUAACACUAUUAUUGUCAUUGGGUCAACUGAACAUCAUUUUAGCUUCAUGUUUUAACAUUUUUAUAUAACAUGAAUUUUUUUUUAUUCAUUAAGCUUGCAAUGCAAUCAGGUGCAUGGUUUUAGUUUCAUGCAUUAUUGAAAAGUUUAAGUCUGCUGUCUUAAAUUGUGUCUCAAAUUUACAAUGUUUCACAACAUAAAGAGCAACUUUCUUAUUAUUAUGCCGCUAACUGUACACAUGUAAAUACAAAGGUUAUUACUGUUUAUAAUUGUACCAAUAAAAUCAAAAUAAUA